AUGCAGCAGGAAGCAAGAAGUCUACAGACGGCUCAGUCAUUCCUGAAUGGACUGAGCACGGCGCGUCGCCGCGCAGAAUCUGCCAGUGCGAUGCGGCCGGCUGUCGAUAGCUCCGACUCUGGCUACGGGACCGCAACGAUUGGACCAUCAAGACCUAGCUCCGCCCGUCCUCCCUCUACUAAACCCCAGGCAACUUUUCAAGAGGGCGAGGGGCGCAGAAAGGGCCACAACUUCAAGUCUUCUGGCUUUGCGUACAGUCGCCCGUUGACACUGGCGCAAAUGAAAUGCUAUCGAGGACAUGCCCGUCUGAUCCCGAGUAGGAACAAGCAUGCGCCGGUGGAGUGCGCCGUGUGUCACAUUGAUGACGGUGCAGAACACUACAGUUGCAGCUGGUGCGCAUUACGGAUGUGCAAGUACUGCCGCAAAGACUUUGCCGAACGCGGAAUGGCUGCAUUGCGGGAACGUGUAAGAAAGGCUGAGCUCGGUGGAGCGGAGGAUUCUGCCAACAGCUCGAGCACGGAGAGCCUGCAGGCAAUGAAGAAGACGAAGAGCAGCACCAUGUUUGCAUAG